UUCUAAUUCCAGUAUCUCAGGUCCACGCCCACUACCACCUCCAGGACGAGCAGCCUGGCCUCCCAAAAAGCGCCGUAAUGGCGCCUCACAAACGCCCCGCUCCAACAGAUGGCGACGAUGACAGCGAAAGCAGUCGUGAGUCGUCGUCGCCACCCCGCCGGGUCUCGAAUAAGAGAAGACGGACAAGUGACGAGUCAUCCGUGCAUCGUGAUACUUCGAGCGAUCGAGCUGAUCGCGAAAAUGCCAGUACCCCUCCUUCCGAGAUUAGUUCUGAUAGCGAACAAGACGACGACGACGAGGCUUUGCUCGAAGCCACCCAGGCCAUCGAGGCUAGAAGUAGAGGAGGUAUUCACAAUGAGCCUGCAGAGUAUGGCAUUUUGGAAGGAGUCCAGCUCAAGAAUUUCAUGUGUCACGAGGAUAUGAGCUACGAGCUUGGGCCGUUGAUCAAUUUCAUAUGCGGUAAAAAUGGCAGUGGAAAGAGUGCGAUCCUCACUGCCAUCGUCCUGUGCUUAGGAGGGAAAGCCUCGGCGACCAAUCGAGGUGCGCGCCUCCAAAAUUUCAUCAAGGAAGGAACAGACCACGCCACCAUCAUCUGCAGGCUGAAGAACCAGGGCGAAAAUGCAUACAUGCCCGAUGUAUAUGGGAAGACGAUUCAAGUCGAACGUCAUAUCUCGCGCACUGGUAGUAGCGGGUUCAAGCUGAAGUCAGAGAAGGGCCGCAUCAUCUCGACACGGAAGUCUGACCUGGAAGAAAUUUGCGAUCAUAUGAUGUUACAGAUCGAAAACCCCAUGGCAGUCCUCUCUCAAGACCAGGCGCGUCAGUUCAUUGCCAGCUCGAGUCCCGUGGAAAAAUAUAAGUUCUUCAUGAAGGGCGUCCAACUUGAACAGCUUGAUCAGGACUACCGACUCAUCGAGGAGCAGCUCGACAAUAUUAGUGCAAAGAUCGCCGCCAGAGCCCCGGAUCUCAAAGUGUUGAAGGGGAAAGCGGACAGCGCAGCGAACAAGCUUGCCCUAUCCGAUAGAUACGAGGCUAUGCGUGACAGGCUGCGAGAUUAUCGCCGACAGCUGACAUGGGCGCAAGUCACAAUUCAGGAGGAUAUUCGAGAUGCAUACGUUAAAGAGCUUCAAGAGGCGGACGCUAAAAUAGCGGCAGCAGAGGCGAAAGCCCAAGAGCUCGACGAUGCCUAUCAGGAAGCCGAUAGACUUGCAGCUGCCACAACGGAGAAGUAUAAUGCAGCAAAUGCAGCUGUUCAACACCUCAAAGACGAGAAGAAUGAGCUGCAGGGGCAACAGCAGGAUCUAAAGAAGAAUUAUUCAGAGGCGGCAGCCGAGCAACGACAAAUUCGUGAUGCAUUGGUCAGUGCUGACAGGACCAUCACACAGAAGAAAGCAGCUAUCGAACAAGAGGUGCAACGGCUGGCCGAGCUCGAUGGGGGAGGAGCUGCUCGCCGCAUCAACGAACUCGAGGAGGCCAAAGAAGCCGCCAGAAGAGCGGAAGAGGAAUUACACCAUCACCUGGACCAGAGAAAAACGCACGUUGAGGAAAUCGAGAGAAUGCAAAGGCUGGAGAGCGAAACUGGAGAGGCGAAGAGGAACGAAGAGCGGAGAGUUAACGACUUGGAGAACAACCUCAAGCGGCUGGUAGAGAACCGCAACUCUCAAGAUCUUGCUUUUCAUCCUAGAAUGCAGGAACUACUGCGAGCUUUGCACCAAGAAAAGGGAUUUCAGGACGCUCCCGUGGGCCCUCUAGGAAAGCAUGUUAAAUUGUUGAAACCCGAGUGGUCUUCGAUCUUGGAGAAGUCCUUUGGCAACUCACUUUCGGGGUUCAUAGUGACCAGCAAGCGGGACGAAAAUCUAUUGAGCGACAUCAUGCGACGGAACCAAUGCGUUCUGCCUAUCUUCAUCGCAAACAACCUCCCUCUCAACAUCGAGCCACAUCUUCCCGAUCCCCGCUUCGACACCGUCUUGAGUGCUUUGGAUAUUGACAACGAGGCGGUCAGGAAGCAGCUCGUCAUUUCCAAUCAGAUUGAGCAGAGCAUCCUCAUUCAAGACAUGACGGAAGCCUCGAAAGCACUCUAUUCGGAAGGGACGCCUUUGCGCAAUGUUAAGCGGUGCUAUUGCUUCAGCCCAGGCAGCAAGGUGAAAGGCGCCGUCUUAUCUUAUCGAAAUGGUCGAGCUGCGCAAGACCCGGUGCACGAAUUCAUCGGCACUCCACGAAUGAAAACGGAUAUUGACGAAGCAAUCCAUCGGCAACAAGAUGUGCUUGCUGACUGCAAGGCCCAACGUCUACGCGCAGAGCACGAAUUCCGCAGUGCUCAGGACCGGCAUGUUAGAGCAAAACAGGCUCUCAAGCGACAUGGGGACAGAAAGAGAGAACUCGAAAUCGCAGUGCAGGAGGCGGAAGAUAAUCUCGAGCGGGUGAAGGAAGCGAUCAGGGACGACAGCGUCGAAGGUGGCAAGCUUGAAGCCUUGCGUCAGUCAUUAAGCGAGGCUGAGGAGCAAAAGACCAUUCAUGAGAGCUCUUUUCAAGACUCGGUCAUCGCUCUUGACGACCAAACGAAGAAACUUCGCGAGGUGACUCGAAGGUGCAACGAAUUGGAUGAGCGCAUCAAAGAGGCUGAAGGGAUGGUUGACAAGGCGCAGUCAACCGCUCAGAAGGCUGGCAAGAAACGUGCGCAUGAGUUGGGCGAGAAAAAUAGAGCUAUUGCUAUGAUCGACGACGCCAGAGCUGACCGAGGCACGCUGGAACGGAAGAUGCAGGAAAUGGAUGAAAAAAUUGCGAGCUUCACAGACCAAGCACGGCAGGUUUGUGAACGUGUCAACCUUCCCAAAGGCGAAACGUAUGAAAGCCUGAGCAAAAAGCAUGAAAAGCUUUCGGCGGAUUACCGCAAGUAUCAAGCCCAGGUUGGUGAUCGGGACGACAUAGCGGCCGAGGCAUCAAAAUCUUCAAAGGCAUACAAGGCCGCCGAGAGGGAAAUAAGUUCGCUGGAAUCUCUCCAAGCACAACUCACAAGGACGCUUGCAGAGCGAAGAAGGCGAUGGGUGCUCUUCCGAGGUCAUAUUACUGCUAGGUCAAGGGCAGGUUUCAUCCACAAGCUCAGCGAGAGAGGAUUCCGUGGAAGGCUCCACAUCGAUCACAGAAAGAAGGAGAUGGACAUCGCCGUCGAGCCCGAUAUUACGAGACGUGACGGAACCGGACGGAGCGCAAAGACUUUAUCUGGUGGAGAGAAGUCCUUCUCCCAGAUCUGUCUGCUCCUCUCGAUUUGGGACGCAAUGGGUGUCCCGAUUCGAUGUCUCGACGAAUUUGACGUAUUCAUGGAUGCAGUAAACAGAACUACCAGUGUCAACUUGUUGAUCGAUGGAGCCAGGCACAGCAGUGGCGGGCAAUUCAUUCUCAUCAGCCCAGGCACCAAAUCUGACAUCAAGAGAGCUCCAGAUGUCUGCGCUAUUGAGGUUGCUCCCCCAGAGAGAGGCCAAACGAGGCUCGUGCUUGGUCCAACAUGAUUGUUGAAUCUUGUCAUGGUUUCUGUGUGAAUGAGUACAGAGGAGUGCUACGACGCUCAUCUGGUCGGGUUGAACCACUCCAGGACAGGACGUGACUGAGUUGACCUUGACACAGAAUUGCAUUUGGCCAUGUUGAGAUUGGCACUGGAUCGCGGUUGACGUGUGACAGACACAGAAGGUUGUACCGACUUUGCUGCUAUGGGCACCUCAACGUCCACACAUCCUCAAAUCGGCUGACUGCCAUGCGCUAUGAUCCACGACUGCUCUCGGGAAUUGCUUCCACUAUGAUGCGCUGUAAACAUGUGAACAGGCAGGGGCCAUUAUGCGGGCCACAUCACGGAUUUUGGCUCACAUCCGAAACCUCCUGGACUCACCUGUCUCUGUGUAACCGUCUCCUCUUCACCGAAUCUUAUCAACUCGGAUUCCUCCGAUUCUCGGUCAAUAUAGCAAAGUCGGCAUUCCGGAUAACAUGUGCCUGAAGGUGGUUGCCCAUUCAAGCUGCACAGACGAGGCCGUGGUGUCUCCUGGCACAGCUCUGAUGGAAGGUUGUGCGACUGCCGUCUCGUUCUCGUGGCUGCAGUUCCGUCUGUUGGGGAAGUCAUUGCCCAGUGAGUCUCAGCAAGAUGUCCUGAGCGGCCAUUUAACCGGCCACACAUGACUUCGCAACUGCCUCUCUUCCACAAGAUGAUACAUCCAUUAGGCAGAGCAACAUUAUACAUCCAACACUCUCGGCUCAACCCGCUGGCAACUCAAAUCUCCUGCCGACGACUCUUCUCGCUGCGAGUAUGGGUGUGCAUUGCGACAGCAAGGGCUCGAAGAAGGCGCGUCUCUCAAGGCCACUGCGCGCAUUGCGUUACCUUCAUCCGAUGUGGGAGACAAAUCUGUCCCGCACGGUGACUUGUUCUCCAAAGUACAGCAAUCCUGGGGUCCUGCACUCUGACCAAGGCCCUACGCUCAACGCCUCAAAGACAAGGAAUUGCGGAUGUGUGUUGCCGUGUGUGCGAGGAAGGUGCGCUGGCGAAGUCGAUAUUUUGGUGUGUGGCAGAUAGCUUACGUUGAUCAGUUGUCCUUGCAAGGGGUCGAGGGGACCAGGAGCAUGUCCGGCAAGUUGCACCUGUCUAUGUAACUGAGAGCACGACGGUCAUGGGAAUUUCGGAGGACUGCGAUGGCGGUCUGCAUGGUGUCCGGUGCACUGGGGCUGAAAGAUAUGUCUAAGGGUCGGUUCUACCGUCUCCCGGCGGGCUGGAAUAAAAGGGUUGUGUCUGUUAGUUUGAGGGGUCCUUAUUGUUGACGGGAAUGAAUCAUGAAUAGAGCAAAUAUUGUGCCCUGCCGGCGAUGAAUCUGAAUGGGGGCUGAAUGAGCUGAAUGAGCUGAAUGAGAUGGUGGAAUCAGAGUCGAAGUCAUUGGAACAAAGC